GAGGGAUAUCAGUUUGCCAGUGAAGAUUUUUAGCCAGAACCUGAAUCCUAGUUAGUAAAAAAUCCUCAGGGGAUAAAAGGAGUCAGCCGACCUACAAUUCUUAUUAAUGAGAAAUUGAAGCCAAUAAAGUUUGGAGGUUGAAUUGCUGAAGGUGUUGCGGGCUUCCAAAAUAUCGUCUUAGUAAGUGCCCUUCUAGUAAAUGUUGACUGAGUCGCAAAACACUCAUUCUAACGGAACGGAGAAUAAAUUGAUUGAAAACUAUCAAAACAUAGUCAGAAAUGAUAUCGAACCUGACGAAGCUUCAAUCAAAGCUAAGGAACAAGCUAUACUGGAACUUGGAAAUUUACUCGCUGAGAAGAAAGAUGCAAAAGGACUGGGAGACCUCAUUUUAGUAACUCGACCGUUUCUCAAGCUGAUCAGCAAAGCAAAAGCUGGUCGUCUUGUUAGAACUCUGGUUGAUCUGUUUUUGGAUCUUGAAGGAGGAACUGGUCGUGAGGUUGAUCUCUGUCGUGAAUGUGUUGAAUGGGCCAACCAGGAAAAGCGUAUUUUUCUUCGUCAAGCAUUAGAAGCCCGUCUGAUGGGUCUUUAUUAUGAUAAUGGAAGUUAUGAAGAAGCAUUGAAAUUAGGUUCAAAUUUAUUACGUGAACUUAAAAAACUGGAUGAUAAAGCUCUUUUGGUUGAGGUUCAACUCAUGGAGAGUCGAGUUUAUUACAGAUUAGGUAAUCUUCAACGGGCCCGUGCUGCACUUACAUCUGCCAGAACUACAGCAAAUGGUAUAUAUUGUCCACCACGUUUACAGGCCAACCUUGAUCUACUUUCCGGAAUUCUACACGCUGCUGAUGAACGUGAUUUCAAAACUGCAUAUUCUUACUUUUAUGAAGCAUUCGAAGGCUUUGACUCAAUUAGUUCCAAACGAGCUAUUGAUGCUCUUAAAUACAUGUUGCUGUCAAAAAUUAUGUUAAAUAGCGCUGAUGAAAUCCCUGGUAUUCUUACAAGUAAAUUAGCUUUAAAAUAUACAAGCCGUGAUAUUGAUGCUAUGCGAGAAGUUGGAAUUGCUGCUAAAGAACGAUCAUUGGGUGAUUUUCUACUGCUUCAAGAGAAAUACAAAACUGAAUUAUCUGGAGAUCCAGUAAUUAGCAGACAUCUUCACUCAUUUUAUGAUACAUUAUUUGGUCAAAAUCUUCUGAAACUUAUCGAACCAUAUUCUCGUGUUCAAAUUGAUCAUAUUGCCAAACUUAUCAAUAUUCCUUUGGAAACUGUAGAAAAGAAACUUUCACAAAUGAUUUUGGACAAUCAACAUAAUGGAAUUCUGGAUCAAGGUUCUGGUGUUUUAGUACUCAGAGAACCAGAAUGUGAUGGUAAAGACUAUCCUUUAGCAUUAUCUGCAAUCCAAUCUCUUGGAGGUAUUGUUGAUAUGUUAUUCCAAAAAACCACUAAAUUAAAAUAACAUUUUGGAUUUCCUACCUAAUGAUUUUUUUAAAAAUAUAGUUCGUUUACUUGAA